AUGCCGUGGUGCGGAUUGGACUACACAUACGAGUAUGUGGACCCUAACACCACAAAUAUCACUUUCGACUACCUGGACAUGUCCUUGCCGAUGGAAUGUCAAAUUCUCUUCAUAAGUGCAUUCACGUUAAAUAUGCUUCUGUCGAUUGUUGGCAACGUGCUGGUGCUUAUUGUCCUCAUCUGGAGGAAAUCAACCAGAUCAGAUCUGAAUCCAUUUCUUGUGAACCUCUCCGUUGCUGAUCUGAUGAUGGCUGUUUUCUGUAUGCCGUUCACAUUCCCCACGAUAAUGUUAGGAGAAUGGGUGUUUGGACGUGUUAUGUGUCCCGUGCUCAUAUUUAUGCAGCAGGUAGGAACUCAGUAA